AUGAAUCGAAAGGCACCAUUCUGCAGCUACAAGGAGACGCGAGUAGACUUGGAACCUUUAUCGCUGGGCUCGACAGUUGCGAUCCAAUUGCCUCUUCACGGCACAUCUAUAUUUCCUUCGCGAACAGCUCAGAAACGUCCGCAUAUCGUCGAACACCUUGUCGCAGAAGACGAGGAGACCUUCAGGAAGCGACACCUUGCAACCGCAUCAUCAGUCUACCACCGCGCACAUCAUGGCUCGCCCAGGAGCUUUCUAUGGAGGAUCCUUGAAGAUGGCAAGGUCCUUUCAGUUCAACCAGUCGACAUUUGUAGAGAUACCACGAAGCAAAAAAUGCAUGUACCAGCUGCUAAGUCGAAGAUGACAUUACACUUGGCUCUCCCAAGCCCAGUACUACCGUCAUGCGUCGCCUUUUCGGAUUCCAGGGAGCAUGACAUACUAAGCGUGUUUAUUCUGACGGAAUCUUACCAUCUCUACACGCUCACACUGCGACCCGAGCAUUUCCAAAAGAGUCAACUUUCUGAAGGAAAUGUUGGAGAUUGGUGCAAAUCAUAUAUCUCAUCCGCAUUCAGCUUCAAACAUCCUCUCAGGCUUGUUGCCUUGACCGCAGAUGAUAUACUUGUCUCACUAAUAGAUGGUGGACUUCUUAAGCUUAGUCGCAAAUCUGGCGGAGAUGGUACUGAAUGGCGAGAAGUGUUCUAUAAUGAAGGAGGCUGGAGCCAUAGCCUGCGAAGCCUGAUACCAUUCCAAGGCAAUAACACCGUCCAUCAUGGCAAGCACAAUAUAGAACUGUCGGCAGUUAUCUCGAUUGCAUCCCCUAAUGUGGAGAUUCGUGGAUUUCCGUUUGCUUUUACAGUGUCAAUCGAUCACCGACUUCGUGUGUGGAACCUAAACUCUGGGAAAUUGGCUUACAUGAAAGAUAUGUUAACUGGGGAGCUGGAUCUCAAUGAUCCGGUAAAAAAAGUUAUAGACCCUUCUCUGUCACAACUUGUCAAAGUUUUUGGCUCUGAAGAGUAUCCACUUGUGGUUACGUACUCGCCUUUGGGGACUGGUGAGUUCAAAUUUUGGAGACCGAGACUGCAAGACGACGGAUCCUUCGAACUGGAUGACUUAUUUCGAGGUAUUAGUUUGCAACCUCGAGCGCCAUCCUCCUCCGACGUCUGGACUUUAGCAGACUUCUCUGUAAUCGUGGGAAAAGCAAGCAUGUCAGACUUCCAGAUGUGGAUACUUUGGAAGAACAACACGACACAUCGAACGCAAUCAUUGGAUUUCCGUACUGGUUCGUCUGCCCGUAAUACGUGGAGUGAUGGUUGGAAGGCUAUGGCAUCCGAAACAAUGCGCGAAGCUCAGCCCCCGGUGUCUUUUGCUGCAGAUACUUUGGACGUUUCCGACAAGUGGCUGGAAUUUUUGUUGGCUCCAGGGAGAUAUACAACCGCAACGAUUGAAACAGGGCUUGCUAUAAUGAAAAGCAAUUCUGGUUCAGAAAAGAGCACCACGCGAAAAUCAGAAAGCCUUCCAGAAAAGAUGUGUUCUGUCGUAGCCUCAUCUAACAUACUUGAACGGGCGUCUGACGGGAGCAUGGAUUUUGAUCAACUUCGUGCAGCACUGGAACAACAAUGGCUGCGAUUCUACCGACUGUUACAGGAGCUCAACAAACAACGUGAAGAAGCGCAAUCACUAGCAAUCGACCCUCGUGGCAAUAUGCCUUGCAUAGUACUGAGCGAUGGCAUCAUCGCUAUUCGAAUAUGCAGCGAAUUAGAGCAAUUGUGGCACAACCCAGACGCAUUGUUUGACGGCAAUCUGCGUGUGCGUGCUCCUAUUCUUGCUGCCGCUCAGUUUCGAGACGGACUGGCGGAGGGCUUUCUUCACAAUUGCAAGUCCAUGUUACUUGGUGAGAUCUAUGAAGAACCUUUACUUGCAGAUCCCGCAAGGAUGAGAGCAUUUUACGAGAAAUGCGGCUUCGAAAAUCAAAUAGAUGACGAAUCAUUUAUACAAUUAGUGGAGAAGUUGAGAGAGUUUGAGAGUGGUUGGAAAGAUCUGACACCAACAGUCUUUGAAGCCGUGCUCAAAUCACUUUCUCCCGCUGACGGCAAAGCAGGAGAUCUACAAACAGCGAGUUUUGGGGACAGCAUAAUUGUGCGUGCAACUCAAGAGAUUGUCGAGUUGCAUCGCAACAUUUGUCUUGACCAGAUGCUUCUUAUAGUCCUUAUCGAAGCCGAGAUCAAUCAUAGUGAAGACGGCUUACAGUUUGAGACUGCUGAUGUUUUUGACAAACUUGUGGCAAUGCUAAAAAGACUUGAAUUGAUUAGUUGGUUGACUAGCACACAGAUCUGGUUGCCUUACGAUGAGGAAGAGAAGGUGAAAGGAAACGAGUCAUUACAGAAAUCUCAGUCAGGUGAAGUCGUGACUGUAUUUGAAGGAGUGUUUCGACAUUUAUUUACACUUUCAAAACAAGCCAUGCCGCUGAGCGUGACGCAACUUGUCUUGCAGAUUUGUGCAUCGAACACCUACUUCGAAGUCCAUCCAGCGACGGUACAAUGUUUCUUGUUAAAGCACAGCCGGCCUGAUCUUGCCUUGGAGUUUGCUCGUUUUGCCAGUCGCGAUCCAUUUUCGACUUACAUUCUAGGCAGGACUCUGUUGGCGUCUAAUGAUCUUGUUGGGGCAUCCGCGCUCUUUCAAAAAGCCGCAUUUGCAUAUUCUAAUCCAAAAAAUCAAGUGGAUGUCGGCAGUAGUGGAUACUUUACCAACGAACGAGAUUAUCUGCAUGGCGGGCUUCCGUUAUACUACUCUCAUAUCGCGGCAUUAUAUGAAAUAGGAAAGCAUUAUUCCUUUGUAGCAGAUUUUGCGCGACUGUCUCUCCAAUUUACUAAGCUCGACGACCGCGAUCAUGAUUUGCGAUCGGAUAUGCAAAAUCGCCUCUUCACGGCAUCCAUUUAUACUUGCCGAUUUGAAACAGCUUACUCAAUACUCAUGCAAUUCACGAACCAAACCCUCCAAGACACCGCUCUUCGCACACUAAUCACCAAGAUGUGCGAGCAAUCUUUUGCCUCUGAACUUGUGCAGCUUCCCUUCGUCGGCCUUCAUGACCAAGUCGACGAGUUCUUGGCUCAAAAGUGUUCAGGAAUAGUGGACGUACUUGCUGGCGUCCCAUAUCACAAAAUCCUCUAUGCGUGGCGGAUCAAACACAACGAUUUUCGCGGAGCUGCGGCAAUUUCUCUUUCUCGGCUUCAAAGGCUGGUUAUCGCUGGUAAUGGAGAUAAACCCAUCAUUGAAGAUAGUUCGGAGACUCCGGUAACUCAGCAAUAUGUCAAUCUUAUUAACGUAUUAAGCUGUGUUGAUUCUGACCAAGCCUGGAUUCUAAACGAGGCGCCUCUACAAAAGGGCAGACCAUCAAAGAAUGCCGAGCAACCGAAAAGGAGGGUUGUUACCCUGAAUGAUAUUAGGAAGGAGUACCAGGCUGAACUUGACCGGAUCGCUGCUAUCGCAAAUAAUCAAUUUGCCUUUGGGGAUGGGGAUGAAAUGGAUGUGUUAUGA